AGGGGCUCAGUCAUCUAGCCAGCCAAAGGAGAGAAGUGGGCGACACUAGGAGAGUGAGACGAGAGCCAGAGGAGAGAACCAAACCAGUCAGAGAGAAAGUGAGAGGGAACGGGAGCUGUGGGACGUGAGGUGAAAAUGGCACAACGUCUGCGUUUAUACUUUGGCUCUGGCCGCAGUAACACAGCCCCGGAGAUACUGGAAGGAGACUCAGAGGAGCAGCAGGGAGACAAUGAUGUGGUCACAGCACUCCGUAUGCGGCCACCUCCGAUAUCGAGGCCUAUUCAGGGGCCAGCUCAGCAGCACGUCCCACCUUUUGCUUUGCGCUUGGACCCUUCGCUUAAACGGAGUUCCUCCAUGUUCAUACCCCAGCUUGCUGCCUACGCUGAACCACGGCCCACCAAGAGUUCCUCCAUGCACAUUUCCCUCCAGCGCUCCAAUGGAUCAAGUAAUGGAGAUUCCAGUGGCCACGCUGAUGAUGUCCCACCACCCUGUUAUACUCCUCCAGGACCUGCGCCUGCCUACACAGAACCACAAAUCCAAGCCGACGUUCCACGACAUCCACCUCCUCCAUACUACAGCCCAGAUUCUUUAAACUCUCAAACAGAGCUGAACCUGCCCAAGCGCAGGGUGUUUAGUAUUGGUUCCAAUGGCCAUACUAUGUAUAGCAGAGGCCAACCUGGUAUCAGUGUUGGGGGUAUUUGUAUCCAGAGGAACUCUCAAGACGGAUCUGACAUCCAGCAUUUCAGAAUCCUCCCUUACGGUGGUACUGGCUGGUCUGUCCAGCAGCAGAGCCUGGACCAGAGCUCUGGUGCUAACGGAGGAACACAGAGAGUAGUGUUUCAGCUCCAGCAAAAUCAGAACCAGGAUCAGAACCAGGGCAGGCAACAGGCUGCUGCAUCCCAGGAAGAAUGCACCAAUGUCGGAUUUGCCAACUCCAGCGGUAGCCGAAUGGUGCAUUACCCCAGAAUCCGACUGGGGAGAAGCUCGUCUCAUCAGAGGCUUUUGCUUGGAAAUCAAGAUAGCCCAACUAUAGAGGAGAACCACAUUGAUAUGGAAACACAGAGAAUGGAAGCAAGCAACAGAUCGAACGGCUGUACUUUUAAAAUCAGUGGGGAUACCCCUAGAAGACAGCCUCAUUUCAAGAUUUAUUUUACUCCGGGCGGAGGUGGAGAUCAGGAUGUGAGCCAUGGCAGUGAUUCGACAAGGAAUAAUCCCAAGACCAGAGAUGAUUUCCUGGGACAAGUUGAUGUUCCUCUCAGUCAUUUGCCGACGGAGGACCCUGCCAUGGAGCGUCCUUACACAUUUAAAGACUUCCUCCUACGGCCCAGAAGUCACAAGUCCAGGGUGAAGGGUUACCUGCGUCUGAAGAUGGCCUAUCUGCCCAAACAAGGAGGACAUGAGGAGGAAGCUGGAGAGAUGAGGGAGGAGGCUGAGGGAUGGGAUGAGAAUGCAGACUCAGGGUCUCAGCGACCCCAGCAGCUGCUGCCACCAUUGCCCCCAGGCUGGGAAGAGAAGGUGGACAACCUGGGACGCACCUACUUUGUCAACCACAACAACCGCUCUACACAGUGGAAACGGCCCUCAAACAUGGAUGUGAUUUCAGAGACAGAGAGUGACAAUCAACAGAGGCAGAUCCAUCAGGAAGCGCACCGCGUUUUCCGUUCGAGACGCCACAUCAGUGAAGACCUAGAGAACGAGCACCUGGAGCCCAGGGACAUUGACAACUCCUGGGAGCUCAUCACAGAGGAGGAUCCUAAUGACAGCUUGGACCAGUCACUGCCUGGCCCCUCCUCCGUCAUGACCCCACAACACCCGCUGACACCUGUCACCCAGGAGUUCUCCGAAGAUUUGAAUCUGAGGCUGUCACUCACCCCAGAUACUAAUGGCGAAGUUCCAGGGCCCAGCUCUGCUCUGGGCCAAAUGUCAAACAGACUCCGUUCCUCCAGUAUGACGGAUGGCGUCAGUGAUCAGACCCAGGCUCCUCCUCUUACGUCUCCCUCAGCGACUGCUUACACCUUGACCACCCCUGGCCUGCCCCCUGGAUGGGAAGAGAGGAAGGACGGCAAGGGAAGAACUUAUUACGUCAACCAUAACAACCGCACCACUACCUGGACUAGGCCAAUUGUGCAGCUGACUGAAGACGGAGCCAGCACCUCAGCAGCAGCAGCAGCAGCAGCAGCAGCAGCAUCAGGAGGAGCCUCGGCCCUGCCACCCGCAUCCACCCCCUCCUCCUCUUCCAAUGCUUCCAGCAACCACCUCCAUGAGCCCCAAGUCCGACGACCUCGUAGCCUCAGCUCCCCUACUGUCACCCUUUCCACCCCCUUGGAGGGAGCUAACAACAUCCAGGUGCGGAGGGCUGUGAAGGACACGUUCUCCAACCCGCAGUCUCCCCAACCGUCCCCCUACAGUUCCCCCAAGUCACAGCACAAGGCACAGCAGAGCUUCCUGCCGCCAGGCUGGGAGAUGAGGAUAGCCCCCAACGGACGGCCUUUCUUCAUCGACCACAACAGCAGAAACACCACCUGGGAGGAUCCCAGGUUGAAAUAUCCAGUCCAUAUGAGGAAUAAGAACUCGAUGGAGCCUGGUGAACUCGGUCCUCUUCCUCCUGGCUGGGAAGAAAGAGUUCACUCAGACGGACGCACCUUCUACAUCGACCACAAUACAAAGAACACGCAGUGGGAGGACCCUCGCCUACAGAGUCCAGCUAUCACAGGACCUGCCGUUCCCUACUCCAGAGAGUUCAAGCAGAAAUAUGACUACUUCAGGAAGAAAUUAAAGAAACCGGCUGACAUCCCCAACCGAUUCGAGAUGAAGCUACACAGGAACAACAUCUUCGAGGAAUCGUAUCGUCGAAUCAUGUCCUUGAAGAGGCCGGAUGUCCUGAAGGCGCGGCUGUGGAUCGAGUUUGAGUCAGAGAAAGGCCUGGACUAUGGUGGUGUGGCCAGAGAAUGGUUCUUCCUCUUAUCUAAGGAAAUGUUCAACCCUUACUAUGGCUUGUUUGAAUACUCAGCCACAGACAACUACACUCUCCAGAUUAAUCCCAACUCUGGCCUGUGCAAUGAGGAUCACCUCUCCUAUUUCAAGUUCAUCGGGCGUGUUGCAGGAAUGGCCGUGUUUCAUGGAAAACUGCUGGAUGGUUUUUUCAUCCGGCCCUUCUACAAGAUGAUGCUGGGAAAACAGAUCUCUCUUAAAGACAUGGAGUCUGUGGACAGUGAAUACUACAACUCUCUCAAGUGGAUUCUGGAGAACGAUCCCACAGAGCUGGACCUGAGGUUUUGUAUCGAUGAGGACAACUUUGGACAGACGUACCAGGUUGAUCUAAAGCCCAGCGGCUCAGACAUGGUGGUCACCAAUGACAACAAAAAGGAAUACAUAGACCUGGUCAUCCAGUGGAGGUUUGUCAAUCGGGUCCAGAAGCAGAUGAACGCCUUCUUGGAGGGCUUCACUGAGCUCAUUCUCAUAGAUCUGAUCAAGAUCUUUGAUGAAAAUGAACUGGAGCUGCUGAUGUGUGGUCUGGGUGAUGUUGAUGUCAACGACUGGAGACAACAUACUGUUUACAAGAACGGCUAUUGUCCCAACCAUCCUGUUAUUCAGUGGUUCUGGAAGGUUGUCCUGUUGAUGGAUGCUGAAAAGAGGAUCCGACUUCUCCAGUUUGUCACGGGGACGUCACGAGUCCCCAUGAAUGGCUUUGCCGAGCUUUAUGGUUCUAAUGGUCCUCAGCUGUUCACAAUCGAGCAGUGGGGAACGCCCGAUAAGUUGCCAAGAGCUCACACAUGUUUCAACCGCUUGGAUCUGCCAACCUACGAAUCCUUUGAGGACCUGAGAGAGAAACUCCUCAUGGCCGUGGAGAACGCGCAGGGCUUUGAGGGCGUCGACUAAAACAGCAACCCUCUGACUGCAUCCAACCAACCAACUGACAAUUAAAAAAACAAAACAAAAAGCCACAGGGAUGUCAAACCAGCUGCUGUAGCAGUUCUGUGCGAGCAUGUUGUACUGUUAUGCCUGACUGUGAGCCACCUCCACAGCACGGUGGUUUUGAGACUGUACAGCGACUUGUCGAGCCAAUAUGCCUCCGUCUUUAUAUCUUUUCAGUGUGCGUAGGUCACUCCUUAAAGGUGCUGGGGGCUGGGGAAAGAAAGGGAGAGUCGCACUGUCUUUUUAUCCACAGGCAUGAACGAUGAAUGAGGAGAGCUGGCCCUGAUACUGUACGUUUCUUUCCCCGCUACCCUCGUCCUGUGAAAAUCUACAGUGCUGGAAAACACUAAUGCAUUUCAAUAGCUCCUUUAUGUACACUAUAGCACAGUAUUUGAGCACCCUUCAGUGGAAGGGUCUUAGCAUGGCCUUAAUCUGGCUCAUACAUGCACUAUUUCUCUAAGAAACUGCAAUGGCACUAUGAUCACAACUCUCUCAAAUCCUUAGACCAACACCAGAUAACCUUAGGAAUGCUAGCCAAUCACAUUUCAGGAAAUCGGCCACACCCCUCCAUAGAGCCUCGUCUAUGUCGUGUGAUCAGAUAUCGCCGCUGCAGCCUUUUGUAGAGUCAUUUUUGUUUUCUUUUUUUAGGUAAGGAUUCGAGAAUGGGGGAUAAAAUAAUCCCCAAAGAUGAUUUUAUAGUUUUUGCCAGUCAUCAUGGAACCGUUUAUUUUUUUUUUUUUAAUUCAUUGGUAUAAAUCUCGCAGGAAAAUACUCUCAACGUAUUUGUACUGAUGAAUAAUGUUGUUUACUAUUUUGACACUUCUAUAUGAGAUGAUGUGUGAAGUGUAAAUCUGGCUAGUCUGGGGAAAAAUGAUUAAUCCAUAUCAUUUGUUAUGGUGAUAGCAAAUGUGUUGAAUAAAAUGGUUUUUAUUGUAGUGCUAUGGAAGCAGCAUGAAACUGUACCUUGUGUUUGCUUUGACUACAUAGUAAUUUGGACGUGUAAUCGGUGUCGAGGUCGGGAAGGGAAAACUCGAAACGGGGGGAUAGUUUCUCUGAGACGUUUGCAUCAUGAUUAUAUUAAUAUUCUCAUGCCUGUUGCUGUUCAUAAUGCUGUAAAUUGUUCUUGGAAAAACACAUUUUUAAGUUCUUUCAUGAUAUAUAAAUAUAUGUAUGUAUUACAUUUAACAGAAGUAUUACUGAUCAACAACACUAAAAUGAAGCUGUGUGCGUGAGCGGGUGUUUGAGAGAAAAGCUGUGAUUGCCACUGAAUAUAAAGCAGCACGUUUCUUACAAAGAAAAAAAUGUUUUCUUUUUUAUGUUUUGUUUCUCUCUCUCUCUCUCUCUCCUUUUUCUAACACCAUUGAACCUAAAGGGCACUUUAUAGAUCACUCUGAGGUCAUGUCGCCUAUUGUAUGUCUUGUCAUUAACUUGAAUGUGAUUCUUUUUUUUUUUUCGUUCAGAGCACUUACCUGGUGCAAUAUAAAUAGUCUGUAAAUCUGGGCUGCUGCUAAGGUAGAAAAAGUUGACAGAAGUGAAGCAGAGACUUCACACCCUUUAGUAUUCUGUUUUUUUUCUCUUUUCUCUACCUUCUCCUCCUCCCUUGUGUUUCUUCCUCCUGUGAUCCCACCACUCAAACUGAUUCAGUAAAGAUUAGUCCCUUUUUUUAGAGGGUUUCUUUUCUUUUUUUAAUGAAUGACAGAAAAUAUCACUUUUGUUAAAGAUUCCACCACUCCCUGCAACUCUUUGUGGUUCAUUUAACUCCAGUCAAAAAUAAAAAUGAAACUUCUCAGAA